AUGGUGAUGAUAACCGACCUUCCAUUUGAUCUGGAAAAGAAGAUACUCGCCCUUGUUCCGAAAGAGUCUCGACCACAAUGGCAAACUACCUGCAAGAGAUGGUACGCCCUACGCCAAGAUCUACUCGCCAAGAAACACUUGGCUCAAACAGGAAGAGAGUUCAUCUUUUUGUUGAAUAAUAGUGUUUUUUCAACAACCAUCAACCUCGAGGGAGUCCAUAACAACGUUGAUCCGGCCAUGGAGUUCGGAGGUAAACUUGGAUCUUUACAAGAUUCAAAUGAUUUACAAAUAGAUAGUAUUUUCUACUGCAAGGGGUUGGUGCUAUGCACUAUGGUGGGAAAACAAAGGCUCCUGGUUUGCAACCCUAGUAACCGUGAAACUAGGUAUGUCAAACCUAGAAGUCAUGGCUGUUCCGAAUAUGCUCUUGGAUACAAAGGCAGCAAGUCUUCUUGUGUUAAUAGCUACAAGAUCUUGAGGUAUUGUCGUUAUUUGGACACGCAAAUGAGGUGUACGGUUUCCGAGUUUGAACUGUAUGACUUUAUGUCUGACUCAUGGAGGGUGUUAGAUGUUGAUGAGCAUGAUGCGUACAUAUCAGCUCGCGGCGUGUCUGUGAAGGGAAACACUUACUGGGUUGCUAAAAGAUAUGGCAACCAGUUCAUACUCAGUUUUGAUUUCACAAGAGAGAAAUUUGGGUUUCUCCCUCUUCCGUAUGAGAGUGCUGGUCCUGGUGUUUCAGUGGAUUAUGGGCAUAAAGAUACCGCUGUUCUGUCAGUUGUUAGAGACGAACAACUCUCGGUGUUACAUCAGUAUCUUCAUUUGUUUUCAUUUGAGAUGAAGAUAUGGGUGAGCAACAUGAUUGGCACCAAAAAGGUGUCGUGGGGCAAGUUCUUGGUAGUGGACGUAGUGUUGUUAAAUGUUGUCAGUUUCGUGGUUGACGAGGAGCAUAAAGUGGCAGUGUGUUGUUGUACAGACAAGGAUGAUGGUGACGAAGAGGGUACCAGCAUUUUCGUUAUUGGAGAGAAUAUACAGAGACAUGUUUAUGAUGAAGAAGUGACAAUAGAUGCAUCAUGGCCACAUCUCAUAAAUUACGUUCCAAGCCCGGUUCACGUUGUGAGGAAGAGUACACGCAAAAGCAAAAGGAAACGAAAUGCAAGGAGGCAUCAACCGGAGGAGGGCACAUCUGCAAGAAGCGUUGAGGAAACAAAAGUGACACCCAAAGCAAAACCUAAAGCAUAUCGAAGUUUCUAG